AUGGUCGCCGCCGUCGCUGCCGCAGCUGAUGACUCCAUCGACUACAAGCUCUCCGCGCUCCUGGAGGAGGUGCGGCCGAGCGCCGCGGCGCUCCGCGCCGCGCGCGAGGCCGCGGAUGCCGUCGCGGGCCUCAUCAAGAGCGUGCCGCCGCAGCAGGCGACGCCGGAGGCCGUUCGUGGGUUCGUGAGGGACCUGGGGCUCGAGAACGAGAAGCUCGCGUUCACCUUCCGGCCGCCGGAGGCCGUGCGCGUCGCUGGGAGCCACGCCGCCGGUGCCGUCGCGAGGCCCGACAUUUCUCUUGACCUCCUCGUGCGCUUGCCUAAGGAAUGCUUCCAUGAAAAAGAUUUUCUGAAUCACAAAUACCAUGCAAAGAGGUGUCUUUACCUCUCUAUCAUUGAGAAAAGCUUGAGGUCUUCCCCAUUAGUCCGGAAGAUUUCAUGGUCUACCUUCCUAGACGAGGCACGAAAACCUGUCCUUCUUGUAUACCCAGCAACAGAAAUUGCAGAACUUUCUGGGUUCUAUGUCAGGAUAAUACCGACUGCAAGCUCUUUGUUCAAUGUUUCAAAGAUGAAUUUAUCAACUAGAAACAAUGUCCGUGCAUAUGGAAAAGGUGGCAUAAACCUGCCCACACCAAAGUACAAUUGUAGCAUAUUGGAGGAUAUGUUCUUGGAGGAAAAUGCAGAGUUUGUCAGUAGUUCGAUUGCAGAUUGGAAAGCCUUGCAAGAGGCAUUGGUUUUGCUAAAAGUUUGGGCACGUCAGAGAAGCUCAAUAUAUACACAUGAUUGCCUCAGUGGAUACUUAAUAUCUGCCAUCCUUGUGUUCCUUACUGUGGACUCCGGGGGAGGCUUGAUUAAUAGAUCAAUGACAGCAAGACAAAUUUUCCGCAUUGUUGUGAAGUUCUUGGCAACUUCAAAGAUGUGGACAAAGGGUUUGGUGAUUCAGCCAACUAAGAAGCGUACAAUCACCAAAGAGGACAUGGCUUGUUUGCUGAAAACAUUUGAUGUUGUCAUCUGUGAUGUCUCUGGACAUGUAAACUUGUCAUUUCGUAUGACGAAAUCAGCUUUUAUAGAGCUUCAAGAUGAGGCAGCGUGUGCGCUUAAUUGCCUUGAUAAAUGCAGAGAUGGUGGAUUUGAAGAACUUUUUAUGACCAAGGUUGAUUUAGGUGCUAAAUUUGAUUCAUGCUUGAGGAUAAACUUGAAGGGAAACUCUAAAGUUACUAGAUUAACCUUUUGCUUGGAUGAUUUGUCUUGGAGAGAGCUUGAAAAGGAUGUCCAGUCCUUGCUGCAACAAGGUCUGACAGAUAGAACAAAGAUGAUCCGUGUCCUGUGGAGAAGCACACCUUCUGAAUGGAACAUAAUGGAUGGGUUUUCAGAAUUUGGUAGCAGUCCUCUGCUUGUUGGCAUAAUGCUUAGCUCAUUGGAAAAGAGUUUCCGUCUUGUUGAUAUUGGUCCAAAUCCUGAGAAUCGAGAUGAGGCUAUCAAAUUCAGGAGAUUUUGGGGUGAGAAAGCUGAACUUAGGAGAUUUAAAGAUGGAACUAUUGCUGAAAGCACAGUGUGGGAAUCUGAAUCUUGGGAGAAGCACACAAUUAUUAAAAGAAUUGCUGAUCAUGUGCUUAUCAAGCAUUUGGUCUUGCAGAAGGAAGACUUGAUUCAUGUGGUUGAUCAGUUAGACUUUUGCCUCCUGGUUGGUGGCCAAGAUCCGGUCGCAUCUUCUGGAGCUUUGUUUGAAGCCUUUGAUACUUUAGCAAAGCAAUUGCGCCUAUUAGAUGAUAUUCCUCUUAAAAUAUCUACAGUGCAACCUCUAGACCCAGCUUUUAGACACACAUCUGUGUUUCCACCUGAGCCUCAUCCGUUGGCAUAUGAAAAAAAAUCUUCUCAGAGGCUGCCAAAUUUUACAGCAACUUGCAUCCAAUCAUUAGAAGUAAUGAUUCAGCUAGAGGGAUCUGGCAACUGGCCCUUGGAUCCUGUAGCUAUGGAGAAGACAAAAUCUGCAUUCCUUUUAAAAAUGGGUGAAAGUCUGGAGGAUCGAGGAAUGCUUGUUACAGCCAGUGAAGAUGAGGUCAAUGUUCUUACAUCUGGAUAUUCGUUCUUGCUCAAAAUAUUUCACGAAAGAGGUUUGCUGUUACAAAAACGAGCUGGAGAUGAUAAAACACAAAAUGUUCCAUCAGAAGACAAGGAACUCUUUUUGCGGAGCCAGCACUCAAGUAUGAUAAAUGGUUUGCAUGGUCGUUACCAGGUGUAUGGACCAGUAGUCAGGCUAGCAAAACGAUGGAUUUCGGCACAUCUAUUUUCUUCAUUUAUCUCAGAGGAAGCAGUUGAAUUGUUGGUUGCAUACCUAUUCUUGAAGCCAUAUCCAUUCCAUGUCCCUUCUUCACGGGCUGCUGGGUUUCUGAGGUUUCUGCGAUUACUUUCUAGUUUUGACUGGACUUUUUCACCCAUGAUCAUAGACAUAAACAAUGACUUCAACUUGAAGGAUGAGAAGGACAUAAAUGAGAACUUUAUGCUGAGCAGAAAAUCUUAUGAACAAAAUCCUCACGAUAUAGAGCGUGCAAUGUUUCUUGCUACAUCAUAUGAUAAGUCAUCUGAAGCUUGGACAAAACAUUCACCAAGCAAGCAGGUUCUUAAACGGAUGGCUUCUUACGCUAAAAGCAGUGCAGAGCUUUUAACAAAUCUUAUACUACAUGGUCAAUCAGGCCAAUAUACAUGGGAGUGUGUCUUCAGAACACCUUUAAGCAAUUAUGAUGCUGUUAUUCUCCUCCACCAAGAGAAGCUUUCUCGUCCUCACCAUGUACUUUUUCCUGCUGAGACCCCUAAUGGUAAGUUGGUAAUUUGUGGCAAACCAAGUAAAGAUUUCCACCCUUACAUGCCACUCAAUAAGGGAGUUGUGAAAAGCUUGCAUGAUGCAAGAGAGAAACUUUUGGUAAAUUUUGACCCAACCACAUACUUCUUGCGAGAUUUGAAGUGUGCGUUUCCUAAGACCUUCAAGCUGUGGUAUGAUUCAAUUGGAGGAGAUGCGGUUGGUCUAACAUGGGAGAACUCAAAGAAGCGUGGCAGAGAUGAGGCUGAUGAAACCAUGCUAGAGCCAGCAUCCAUCCUAAAGGAGGUUGGAAAUGCUGGCAAAGGUUUGGUAAGGGGCGUAUAUCUCCUCAAAGCCCCAAAGCUUCAGUAAACCAUAGAAGACUCGCCAAAGCUUUGUGGAAAGGAAAGCCUUUUGCUGUUUGUGCAAUAACACAACUUCUAACCUAUUUUCUUACACUGGCAAAAGGCAAGGCAGUGGAUUCAAUGGCACCGAGUUGACGUGCUGGCAAUGGAUCAACAUGUAACAAUGUACUCAUAAAAAGGAAUGGUUGUGUUUAGAACCGAGUUGAUCAGGCUAUAAAAAAGCAUGUAUCCAAAUUUUGAUUCUGAGGUAGAUAAAAGUAUAGCAAUGCAAUUCUGAUCCUUGCAUCACCGUUGUUCCAGUUUGAAUAUUGUUAAGGCAUACCCCAUCUUGUGAAAACUUGCAUCUGAGCUUGUCAGUUAAUGUGCCAAAUGUUAUGUCGAUUUGC